AGAGCCAACUGUCCUGUCUGAAUUACUUUUGUAGACUGAAAUACGAGGAUGAGUGCCCCCUUCUGCAACAUGUUUACUCAGUCUGAAGAAAAUUGAUCUGGCACGUGAGGUAGAGCUAUUCUCCAUGUAGAAAUUGUUCAACUUUACAGUAGUAUAUAAAAACAUAAACGGGUCAUUUGACCAAGAAUUACAACACUCCCGACAAUCUGUGAGCAAGUGAGAGUUGUUACUGUCUGCAGUGCAGUGUUUAGUGCUGACUCCGUUUACUCUUUAUAAAUGGCUCAGCACGCAACAGAUAGGCUCCUGGAGCUAAAACAAAAAGUUGGCAGUUGUAUCGACGAAGCCAAAGACGGGCUUCAUCGUCUUAGCAAAGACAUAUGGAGUUGCCCAGAACUCGCAUAUGAAGAAAGAAAGUCACACGACAGGUUAGUUGCCUUUUUCUCAGAGCAGAAGGGAUGGACUGUGGACAGUCACUUUAAACUCGAGACAGCAUUCCGUGCCAUAUGGGGACCCGUCGGUGGCAAGGCCAAGGGGAACAAACAUGUCAUAAAUGUUGGUUUCUUGUGUGAAUACGACGCACUGCCGGGCAUUGGACAUGCAUGUGGCCAUAACCUCAUAGCUGAAGUAGGAGCUGCCGCAGCGAUCGGAUUAAAAGCAUUGGUAGAAUGCACACCCGAUUUUCCUGUCCCAGUCCAGGUGACAGUGUUGGGAACCCCAGCAGAGGAGGAUGGAGGGGGUAAAAUCGACCUGAUAAGGGAAGGGGCGUUCGAUGGCCUGGACGUGGUAUUCAUGGCUCAUCCCUCACAGGAAGAUGCCUCCUGGCUGCCAGACGUGGCUGAACAUGAUGUCAUAGUGAGGUACCAUGGCAAGGCCUCUCAUGCUGCAGCCUACCCCUGGGAAGGAGUCAACGCACUGGACGCUGCUGUGCUCGCCUACAAUAACCUCUCUGUGCUCAGACAGCAACUCAAGCCAGACUGGAGAAUCCACGGUAUCAUCAAGCAUGGAGGGGUGAAACCCAACAUCAUCCCUGCGUACACAGAGCUGGAGUACUAUCUCCGAACUCCCACACGCAAAGACCUGCCCAUUAUUAAGGCCAAGGCUGAGAUGUGUUUUAGAUCAGCUGCCAUGGCAACUGGUUGUGAAGUUAAACUGGAGUUUGCAAGGAAUGCAUUUUACAACGUUCUGCAGAAUCUCACCCUGCAGGGGUUGUAUGAGUUAAACGGCAAGGCUUUGGGGAUCGAAUUUGUUAAAAAUGAAGAUGUUCUCAAAAUCUCCUCUGGUUCCACAGACUUUGGCAAUGUGUCUUUUAUUGUACCUGGAAUCCACCCAUACUUUUACAUUGGCUCAGAUGCUCUAAACCACACAGAGGAAUACACUGUGGCUGCUGGUGAUGAUAAAGCUCAGUUCUACACCCUGCGGGCGGCGAAGGCCCUGGCCAUGACAACCCUGGAUGUGCUGCUGUGUCCAGAGCUGCUGCAGAGGGCCAGGGAGGAGUUAAAGGAGGCUAAUCUGAAGGAGGAGCGUGCCCUGAAAGGUGCCUCAGAGGCCAAACAUUGUGGAGGGGUGGCCCAGUACUGAACCACAUACUGAUGUGGGAUCUUAAUUUGAUCACCCUGUUGCAUGGGAACUUUCCUGCAGUAAAGGACAUUUCAAACUUGUAGUGUAUUUGAGGUUUAAAAAGGCUUCUGAUGUUUUUUAAUUUCUACUUUGACAUUUCAGACUUGA